CCAGGGAAAUCCAAAGCCCACGAAGGUGCGCAUGGAAGAGCUCAACCUCACCCGCUUCCAGCCUGCCACCUUCCACCUCACCGGCUUCCCAGGCCUGGAGCAGUUCCACUUGUGGAUUGCCAUCCCCUUCUGCUUGCUGUACGCUGCCUCCAUCACUGGCAACUGCACCAUCCUCGCCAUCGUCAGGAGGGACCGGCGGCUCCACGAGCCCAUGUAUUUCUUCCUGUGCAUGCUGUCCUUCAACGAUUUGGGGGUUUCCCUCUCCACCCUCCCAACGGUGCUCGCCAUCUUCUGCUUUGGCCUCAGUGAUGUCCUCUUUGACGCUUGCCUGGCCCAGAUGUUCUUCCUCCACUCCUUCUCCUUCAUGGAGUCCGGGAUCCUGCUAGCCAUGUCCUUCGACCGCUUUGUCGCCAUCUGCAACCCUCUCCGGUACUCGUCCACCUUGACCAACCCCCGGAUCGCCCGGAUCGGCUUGGCCAUUGUCCUGAAGAGCACUGUCAUGCUCUUCCCCUUCCCGUUCCUCAUCAAGCGGCUGCCCAUUUGCAAGUCCAACAUCCUGUCCCACUCCUACUGCCUCCACCCGGACAUGAUGCGCCUGGCGUGUGCCGACAUCACUGUCAACAACAUCUAUGGCUUCUUUGCCGUCCUCUUCACCUACGGCCUGGACUCCACCUUCAUUGUUCUGUCCUACACCAUGAUCCUGAAGACCGUCUUGAGCAUCGCAUCACGGGAGCAGCGGCGCAAGGCCCUCAACACCUGUGUCUCGCACAUCUGCGCGGUCCUCUCUUUCUACGUCCCCAUCAUCGCUGUCUCUGUCCUGCACAGAUUUGGGAAGGGCGCCCCUCCCGUGGUCCACAUCAUGAUGUCCAACGUCUACCUCUUCGUCCCCCCGCUGCUCAACCCCAUCAUCUACAGCGUCAAAACCAAAGAGAUCCGGAAGGGGAUCGCCAAGAUGUUUUCGUGA